GGCGUCCCUGGCAUCCGAGCACAGCACACGUCAGUGUGUCUAACAAUCGCGGAGUAUAAAUGCCCCCGUUAGGCCGGCGGCUGCAGGAGGGAGCAGCGCUGAGCUCAGGCUGGAGGCGGUGGCAGCAGCAGCCGGGGGGUCCCCACUCCCUGUGUAGCGCCCUGGGGCUGCUGAUGUAGAGUACCCGGGGAGAGGAUCAUCUGCUAGUCCCCCCAGCCCAGUCCCAGCCACCCAUCCUCGGCUCUCCAUCGCGGUGUGACCAUGGCCGACAGCUUGCGGAGACUGAUCAGUAACGAGAGCUGCCGGAUUUUGCAGGAGAAGCUGGAGAACUGGUACAAAGAUUACCACAUUAACACAUGUGAUCAGAAUCUGAACCGAUGUUGUGAAAUCAUAGAAAUGAACUCAAUGAUUCAGGGGCAGCUCUUCACAAUCCUCAAUCAAACAGCUCGAGAAGGUGAGAAUUUUCCAUGUCUCCAAGGUGGCCAUUAUGCAGGCGUAGAAACAAUAAAAUCCCGUCUUCUGCCAUGGCUGGGGACUUGUUUUUCCAGUACUACUUCAGGAAGGCCCUUUGAAACAAGUCUCUCUCUCAUCCAGGAGUCAAUUGAGAGAGAAAGGCAGCUGAGGGAAUUUGCCAGCACUCGGAACCAUGAACUACAACAUCUGGAGAAAGAACUGAAUUCAACUCGUUUACAACUCAGCUUAGUGCAACAAGAUCUGGCAGAAGCCCAGAUGGCUCUUGAAGAGACAAAGACCAAAUCAGCCACUACCCUUUUGGCAGCAGAGGAUGAAAUUAUUCAUCUAAACGCAGCUCUGAAGGCUUCUCAAGCACAGGAGGAGAGCGCUUUGAGGAAUCUGGAUCGCCUGAAUGAUUAUGAGCAGCAGGUUCAAAUACUAAAGGAUGAGAUUGCCAUCCUGGGUGCCCAAAAAUCUGUUCUUCAAAGCAGACUUGCACGGAGUCGCUCUCCUUCUCCAAGGCGCUGCCGAAGUAGAUCCCCUAGUCCUCUCCCACUCAGGAGCUGCUCACCUGGCCGAGCCAGACUUACAAAUGCUGCACGUCAUGCCCACCUGGUGGCUCGCUUUAGUGAGAUUUAUGCUCAAGAACGUUUGGAUGCACAGGCCCUUUUGAUGACUUAUAUCGAGGAUCUGGAGAUGGUGCAGAGGAUAAUAUAUGUUGCAGCUGUGGAGUCUUUCCAUGCAGCAAAGAUGGCCUUCAGACAAUUCAAAAUGCGUGUGAGAAAAACUCUGUCUUUAACUUACUCAGGGCCUGAAUCACUUGAAGACACUAUCCUGGAUUAUAUAGUGCGCCAUGAGGAUUUAUAUGAUGUUCAAGCCAGUGUCAAUGAAGUAAUUCGUGCCAUGAACAUCAAUCCUAAAAUUUCAUUUCCACCAGAAGUUGACUUCAUCAUGAUCAGCAGUUUGAUUCGGGAGCUGUGCCGUGUAGCUUUUUCAAUGCAAACCUUGGUUCCGCCUCUUGAUAUUGCAUUUGGUGCAGAUGGAGAACUUUUUAAUGAGAACAAGUACCAUCGCAGUUACGACUCUGAUUUUACUGCUCCCUUGGUGGUCUAUCAUGUGUGGCCUCCUCUGAUCGAAAAUGAUUCAGUUAUUGUGAAGGGAGAGGCAGUUUCAAAGAGAGGUGCUCUGUGGUCUCGCAGGAGCAGGAGUAAAAGCAGAAGCAGAAGCCGCAGCAUGAGCCCUAUUCUGUCUCAUUCUGCAAGCCCCAGCCGCACCUUGUUACCUCGAAGUCGCAGCCCUUCCCCAAUAAGGAGCGGAAGCCCAAGACUUUAAAUUAACUGGAUAUGUUUCUGUGAUUCUGUACCUCCGGAUCAGUCAGCUUCAAUGGUGCCUCCUCCUCUUCCAAGAGUACCUCAAACCUCACCUAAAAUAAUGUGAAUGGCAGUUUUAUCCCUCCCUCUGGAGGGUUAAAUGUGUUUUGUUUAGUGUAUUUUUAUAAGUGUAAUAGGUUUUUUAUCAUUAUAGAAAUUAAUUGAACCAAUUUGAUACAAAAAAUUGCGUAGACAUUUAGGAUCAUACUCAUUUUGCCUAAGAGUUUGCACAGGUCUUAGUGACCUGAGCAGCAGAUCUAAGGAUCACAUAUUGAACAUUUUUACCUGAAACAAAAUGCCAUUUAUUUUGACAGCAUAUUUAACAUCACAUGAACAUUACAGUUUGUUGCUGAAAUUAGCUGUUACUUGAAAACAGUGUCACUAGAUGGUGCUUAUUUAAAUUUCUAGAAGGGCAGCACAGAUCUUGGAAUGUGAAAUUCUUAAUCACUUGGUCGGAUCUGUCAUUGAGCUAAAGAUGGUCUCUGUUGUCUGACUGAUGAAAUAAUGGUAGUUUAUGAUUGGCACAUGUGAUUUCUAUAUUUCCAUCUCCAGGUCUUCAGUUACACUGAUUUAUGGAAGCACACAGCUUCCAUAAAUCAGUGGGUUUUGUGGAGUGCUGUGAUGGUUUUGGCAUGGAAUUCCCUAUGCUUGUUAAAUCCAGUCUCUCCUUGAAGAAAGGAAUCAUAGAAUACUAGGACUGGAAGGGACCUCGAGAGGUCAUCGAAUCCAGUCCCCUGCCUUCAUGGCAGGACCAAAUACUGUCUAGACCAUCUCUGAUAGACAUUUAUCUAACCUACUCUUAAAUAUCUCCAGAGAUGGGGAUUCCACAAUCUCCCUUGGCAAUUCAUUCCAGUGUUUGACUACCCUGACAGUUAGGAACUUUUUCCUAAUGUCCAACCUAAAUCUCCCCUGCUGCAGUUUAAGCCCAUUGCUUCUUGUUCUAUCCUCAGAGGCCAAGAUGAACAAGUUUUCUCCCUCCUCUGUAUGACACCCUUUUAGAUACCUAAAAAUGGCUAUCAUGUCCCCCCCCAGUCUUCUCUUUUCUAAACUAAACAAACACAAUUCUUUCAGCCUUCCUUCAUAGGUCAAUCUCACUAGUGAUUGCAAGUUGGACCCUAUAGAUAUUUUAAAAACGUCUCUGAACAUUUUGAAAUUUGAAAUGCUUGCUUCGGAUGCAUGAACUAUUCAGUAUUUCUUCCAAAUACAUACAGAACAAACCUGUUAGAGCCUCCAGAUGAACAUAGUCACAAAAACUUGGCUAUUAAAGACAGUAAUUUGCUGCAUUCUGAAUUAAUAAUUAUUUUGGCCUCAGAAGUACAUUGGUUCUUCUGCCAUUUAAAGGGAUUUCUUGUCCAACUGUAGAAAGUUCAUGUCAAUAUCAGAAUAAUUGUUUCUAAAAGAACUGAUGCAUCUGUAGGGCCAACUUAAAUACAAGCAACACAAGAGACUACUUGGGGGCCUUGUACUUUCACAUAGAAACCUAGGAUUUCUAAGACUGUAAUGGUUCUGACCAUUAGCUGAACAAGUCCAAGAUCUUGUUUGUCCAAUAACUGAUGCUUCAGAGGAAAGUGGAAAUUUCUCAUAACUUGACUUUGCAGUUGUGGAAUGUAAAAGGCUGCAAGGAUGAGGAAUUCCUUCCUGUCCCUUUUGUAAUAGUAAGAUUUAAUUACUUUUUUUGUUCCAAAAUCUAUAGUUGUACAUGGUGUUAGUCAUGAAUUUAUUUAACUCUUUAAAAAUUCACCUUCAUUAAUUAAUUACAUGAACUCUCAUAGGGGGACUUGUGCAGACUUGGUAUACUCCUUUCUUCCUCUCUACAAUUUUCAGUCUGUUUGAAGUCUGUUUGAGGUGCUACAAACUUUAAGACCAGCCCAGACCAGCCCAACUUUACUAGUCCCUACUGUAACUAUAAUGUCACAACUGGUGCCUGUGGGCCUCGUUCGACUCUGAUCCUGGUUCUAUGCAUAUGUAAAAGGUACUCUUGAUUUACAAAAGAGUCAUAAACAUAUUUAAUGACAUGGGAUCCAUGACGGACCCUGGAAUACACCCAGCAAUCCCUUUCAGUGUAUUCUCCUGCAAAGAACUAAAAAUGCAAGUUCUGAAACAAAGAUUUAAAACUCUUGAGGACCACAUUAUAUACAGAAUCCACCAAAUCAGCUAACUGAACCUCCACUCACUUGUCUCAAGGUAGAGAAGUUUAAAAGAAUUAAUGUGGGUGCACACUAUGUUUUGCAGGGAGAAAGUGGCUUCAGUAAUCCCUUGCAAAAUAUAAAAGUUCAAAAAAAAUAAACUUGAUAAACAGUUAUUCUUAUCAUGUUGGUCUGUGUAGCAAAUAGCAUUUAGCAGAGUGUAUGAUGUCAUUAAGAGAUUUUUUUUAUUGGGCUUUAUUUCAGCUCAUUUAUAGUCAUUUAAAUCAGUGCAUUGGUAGAAUAAGAGACUUUUUUUUGUGAUGAGUCAGAUGUUAACCAGCUAUUUACUGCCCUUUAUCUACAUCCAAAACUCCACCUGACAAUAGUGCAAUUUGUACAUGCUGAUCAAGGUCAGUGUAUGACCCGAUGUGAUAGACUACAAUAGAAUACAAUGCCCAUAUAAAAAGGGAACUCUGUAAUUUCUCUCAAAUGCUAUCUUAAUUAGCUGAGCUAAAUGAAAGAAUCACCAAACAGAAACUGUAUAGAACAUAUACAUAUUAAUAAAGUAUUUUAGUGAGAGAAAAUGUUUUAUAAUAAAUCAGUGUAAAUGCCACACCAGUAAUCUUAAAAUAAUACAGGUGGCAAAAUGCAUAAAUGUUUGAUAUAAUUUUGUAAGCUUAAAAAUGAAUAUGAUCAGUUGGGUUUAUGCUACGAGACUGCUACAAUACAGUGUUAUUCAUAAUGUCAGUGAUAAUCCUGAAGUGUUGGGCCAAAUUCAGAGCUGAUCCAAACUCUGUAUAAUCCCACUGAGAUAAAUGAAAUUGCCUAGGAUGAAAAGCGGCACUUAUAUGGACCAGUGGAUUUGAGUGGAAAAAAGUAUGUUUUAUAUAAAAGUUGUUAUAGCUGAAGAGUUUCCCUUGCAUAACAACACUUUCUAAGCUGAUUUUGAAUGUCUGAAGAAAAGAUCACUCCAGGGUUUAAUCUAAAUCUGAUACAUUUUUUGUUAUCUAUUUCUGAGGAAAUACUUGGCAUCAACCUGUGGAAUCUCUAUAAGGAAAUGAUUUUAAUAUAUCCCAGAAUAUCACUGUAUCUAAUUAAGAGUUACCAAGAUGGAUAACUUACCUUACUGUCGUGCAGUGUAUGAUCCAAGUCAGAAGCAAUAUUGUGCUUUUUUCCCACCUAUCUUUGGGUGGGAAUUUGUGAUGUCGAUGCUCAGCCAGAAUAGUAUACAUCACUCUAGGUGGACUUGGAGGAGAAGUACUUUGCAGAGGAGGCAAAAGCUAUUUAAUUACCUAACACCCUUCUAUAUUCCUCGACCAACUGGUGCCUGUCAAUCCUUCUUCACAUUUUUGACAAGCUGUUUUAAAUGUGUUGUAAAGUUUGUCUUUAUAUAAAAGUGCCAUUGACAAUUCUCUUCUUUAGCCUUAACAUAGCUUUGUCCUAAGUCAUUCAUCUUUGAUUGCUGUUGACUAGAGAUUUAUAUUCUUUCUUUGGUUUGAAAUAGCCUGGAUUUGCAUUAAAGAAGAUUGAAAAAUGAA